AUGAGAGAAUCGUUCGGAAGCUCCUUCAACGUCUACGUCGAUCCUAUGAAUAAGGAAUCCGGCAUGAACAUCUUCGCCGGAGAAGUUGAUAAUAUCAAGGCGGAUUUGAAGAACGUCGAGGUUUUUUAUAACAGGAUACAGGAUUCGAAUGAAGAAGUGAAGGAGGCGCAGAACGAGAUGAUGAUGAAGGAGGUUCGAUCGCAAUUAAAUGCGGAUCUCGAAUUUCUCCUCAGAUUGGCGAAGCAGAUAAAUAAGAAGUUCGACGGUCUCGUCGCCGCCAACGCCGCCCAGCGAAUGGUCGCCGGAAGCGGCGUCGGAUCUGAGGAUGAUCGGACGCGAGCGGCGAUGAUCUCCAACGUCACGGAGAAUCUCAAACGCAUCACGCGCAAUUUCCAGGGGCUCAGAGUUCAAAUGGAAACCGAACACCGACUUCUCAUUGAGAGCAGGUAUUCCGCAAUCACCGGAGAGAAGGCGACGGCGGAAGCGAUCGACAAUUUAAUCGCGAGCCAAACGCCAGCGUAUCCGCCGCGCUACGAGAUGCAGGAGCACGGUAGAGGCGCCAUGGCGGACGCCUUGGCCGAGAUUCAGGAGAGGCGCGAUACCUUGAAGGAUAUCCGGCGGAAAUUAAUGGAUCUACACCAGAUAUUCCUAGGCAUCGCGACGCCGAUUGAGUCACAGCGCAGCGGCGGAGGAGAAGGAGCCGGAGCCGCAGCCGGAGCUCCAACUAUCCCCAUCGAAACACAUCCAACGCCGCUGGUAACUCCAAACACCACCACCACCGCAGCGAAGCCGGGGACGGGGACGGGAAGCCUGAACGAUUACGAGAAGGAGAUGCGGAAGCAAGCGUACAUUGCGAUUGCCCUAGCAAUCGUAAUCAUCCUCACCAUUGUUAUCUCGCUUCUCAGAAUCGAGAACAAUAUGGAAAGAGCUAAUUAAUCACUAGAACCUUCUGCAACUGACGAGUCUCUCUAUCCUUUUAUAUAUGUAUAUACAGAGAGAAUCAAGUUUUGUUGCAAUUGCAAAUUAGUCCCCAAUUUCCUCAAUAAAUACACAAUUAAAAUCAUGAUUAGAUUCUUCAAUUCACAACUUUGAACGUCACAUCACAUGUUUUCGUUUGCUUCUGUUAAACUGAAUUCCCUAAAUAUCAACUGAACAACAGAUUAAGAAUUUAAAAAAGAAAAAAUUUAA